UCCUUAAAUGAAAAGAAAACGGCCUAGAGAAACACUAGAAGGUUGACGAGCCUUCUUUCAUUUCCCUUCCCCUCCUCUCUCUCUCUCUCUCAUUGGUAAGUUGUAUUCCCAUUGACAGGAGGAGGAGAAGGUGGCGAUGGGGAUACUGAGCUUGGCAGAGCUAUUCGUGAGCGCGGCGGUGCAUCUGCUAUUCGGAUUCUACGUAUUUAGCACUGCGGUGGCGUCGGACCUCUCGCAGGCCGUGACGGAUCGCUUCAAGCCUAACGCAUUUAAUUUGGUGGCGAAGGAGGAGGAGGAGAGCAAGGAGAAGGUGGCGGUGUUCGAAGGGUCGCCGCCACCUAUCGUGUUGGUGCAUGGGAUUUUUGGUUUUGGCAAAGGGAGGCUUGGAGGGUUGUCGUAUUUCGCCGGAGCCGAGAAGAAGGACGAGCGUGUUCUGGUUCCAGAUUUAGGAUCCUUAACCAGCAUACAUGAUAGGGCGUGCGAUUUGUUCUACUAUUUGAAGGGAGGGCAGGUGGACUAUGGAGAGGAGCAUAGCAGGAUAUAUGGGCAUUCACAAUUUGGGAAGACCUAUGGGCAAGGACACUAUCAAGAGUGGGAUGAACACCAUCCAAUUCAUUUUGUUGGUCACUCAGCAGGGGUGCAAGUCGUCCGCGUGUUGCAGCAGAUGCUUGCUGACAAGGCCUUCAGUGGCUAUGAGAAUACUUCUGAGGACUGGGUAUUGAGCAUCACUUCCUUAUCUGGUGCACUAAAUGGAACCACUAGGACCUACUACGAUGGAAUGCAGCCGGAAGACGGAAGGUCUAUGAAAUCCAUAUCCCUGCUCCAGCUCUGUCGAAUAGGAGUCAUAUUCUAUGACUGGCUCAACAUUUCAUGGCUUAAGAACUACUACAAUUUUGGGUUCGAUCACUUCGAGAUGGGAUGGAGAAAGACUGGUGUUGCUGGUCUCAUUGAUUUACUCUUGGGGAAUACCGGACCUUUUGCUUCUGGAGAUUGGAUCCUUCCUGACCUCACAAUUCAAGGUUCUAUCAAGCUAAAUUCUAGUCUCCUAACAUUCCCCAACACAUUCUACUUUAGCUAUGCAACCAAAAGAACAAGAAAAUUCAUGGGACUUACACUACCUUCUAGUGUGCUUGGUAUCCACCCAAUGCUCUUCAUUAGAGUCCUGCAGAUGAGCCAAUGGCGCUGCCCUUCCAAUGUGCCUCCACCUUAUAAAGGAUACAGGGAUGAAGACUGGGAAGACAAUGAUGGAGCGCUCAACACAAUAUCGAUGACCCACCCUCGCCUACCCGUCGAACACCCGAGCCAUUUUGUCAUGGAUGACUCAGAAUGCCAGCCUCUGCAACCAGGAAUCUGGUAUUACAAGAUCAUAGAAGCCGAUCACAUUCUUUUUAUUGUGAAUCGAGAAAGAGCAGGAGUACAGUUCGACCUUUUAUAUGAUGGCAUCUUCCAGCGCUGCAGAAAGCAUGCAUUUAGGACCAGUCCACCAAUACUACCAAAUGAAAGCUGCCAAUAGCCCCAUGAUUUCCAAUCACUUGCACAGAACAUCAAGAAGUAAGAGAAAGAAGUCACCUAAUAGCCAAUAGGUGUUCUUAAUUUUUCCUUCCAAGGUCUGUGUAAAUUAAUUUAUUCACCAGUACCCAAUUAAGCUGAGCUUCACAAAAGAGCUAGAGUGUCCAUGAACCACAAAAAAAAUGCAUAUGUUGUCAUCAAGGUAGAUUUCUGAUUCUUAUUUUUCCCCUUCUAUUAGGCUUUCUGAAAAUAGAAUUUGAUAUUUUUGUACAUAAUUUUUGAUUCAUUAAAGAACACCAAAUUGAUUA